CUCGCUGCCUAUCUCGGGGUUGCUCAGUGUUGGAGAGGCACAGCAGAGGGUAAAGCCCUGGAGAAGCUUUAGCUCUGAUUCCAGCCACUGAAGGAUUUUUAACCCAGAAACAGCAUGGACCGCGUGUGGAAAGGCUGGGUGCUGCUAAUCGCUCUCUACUUGGCUUCCUCCCAAGCUGUGGCGAGCCCCCUCUCCUGGCAGAAAGAGUGCACGGAGGGGCCUGAGAACUGGUGUCAGGAUUUGCAGACGGCUUUGCGGUGUGGGGCUGUGGAGCACUGCCAGCAGACUGUUUGGAACAAGCUUCCUGUGAAAAGCAUCCCUUGCCAUAUGUGUAAAGUGGUGGUAUCAAUGCUUGGGAAGAUCUUGCAGGACAAUCGCACAGAUGAAAGGAUCCGUGCUUUCUUGGAGAAGUCAUGCCAGUACCUUCCUUUCCAGGACUGGUCAGUCAAGUGCAAGAAGAUGGUGGACACUGGCAUGAUAAUGAUCGUAGAGCUGAGCAAACAAGUAUUGUCCAACCCUGACGUAGUAUGCCGUGCCAUCACCUUGUGCAAAUCCAUGGAGACUCAUGAGGACGCUCUGAAGAUUCAGAAGCCACUGCAGUCCAAUGAGAUACCUGUAAUGGACUUCCCUGAAAUGGUGUCUCCCUUCCUUGCUAAUGUCCCUCUUCUCCUUUACCCCCAGGACAAAACCCAGCAAGAGACCUUGGAGGGAGGACACUUGUGUGGAGACUGUGUUCAGCUGGUUGCUGACAUUCAGGAGAAAGCGAGAACCGGGCCUUUCUUCACUGAGUCCUUAGUUGCUACUGCCAAGCAACUGUGUGAACACUUGGGACCUAACAUGGCUGAUGGGUGCAAGAGCUAUAUUUCUGAAUACUCAGAGUUUGCCAUCCAGUUUAUGAUGCACAUGCAACCGAAGGAUAUUUGUGGCAGAGUUGGAUUCUGUCCUUCCCUGAAAUCUGUGCCCCUCCAGUCUCUGGGACCAGCUAAAGUGAUGCAUAUGUCCAAUAUGAAGGAGCCUGUGGAGCAGGAAAACCUGGGACCAGAAAAUAAAGCUUCCCUGUGCGGUAUGUGUGAGAUUGCGGUAAAGGCAGCAGAGAGCCUGCUGAACAACAACAUGACAGAGGAGCAAAUAGUCCAUGACAUGGAGAAGGUCUGCUACAUGCUACCUCAUGGUGUCUUAGGGCAGUGUAAGGACUUUGUGGACUCCUAUGGCAAGGCUGUCGUUGUCAUGUUGUUGGAAGCAACUAAUCCCGAAGUUGUAUGCAUCAUGCUGAAAUGCUGCCCCAAGAGUAGCCCUUCACACACCGAGAGAAGUGCUCUGGAGCCGUUACCAGUAAAUGCUGGCGAGUUCUGCAACGUGUGUCAGAUUGUUGUAACUUAUAUUGACAAUGAGCUGGAGGAGAACGAGACACAGGCUGAAAUUGGGACUCUGCUUGUGAAAGGCUGUCAUUUACUGCCAAAACCCUUGACAGACAAGUGUGAUGAGAUUGUGCUGCAGUAUGAACCAGACGCCCUACGACUCCUGGUACAGAUAAUGGAUCCUUCUUUUGUGUGCACUAAAAUAGGAGCUUGUGUAUCAUCCAAAGAGGAUCUCAUGGGUGAAGAUCCAUGUGUGUGGGGCCCAAGCUACUGGUGUAAGAACAUGGAGACUGCAGCUCAGUGCAAUGCUGUUGAGCACUGCACACGUCAUAUAUGGUACUAGAAGAAACCUUUCCAGCUGAAAAUGUUUGCCAUGGUUUUGAUUAAGCAUCCUGGAUUUGUUUGGGUGGGGACGGGUGAGAGGUCCAGGUCGGUUCAAGAACUGUGUCUCUCCUCUCCCUUCUGAAGGUCCUGUGCCUUCAGGUUUGUUCGGAGUGCUGCUGGGAACUCCUCUGCAAUGCUGACUCAACAAAAGCCUUAAAACUCUACCGUUCUUUGUGCAUUUGGAGCAGAGGAGUUGUUGGGUGGGGAGUGGUGUAGUGUGGGGUUUGUUCUAUUGUGAAUUAACGGCCUUGUGUCUAAUUGUAAAAUAAAUAAACCAGAAUAGGCUUACUAAACUGAAAUUCCAUGGUUGGUUGGUUUUGACUUUCCUGCAGUGUUCUUGAGCACUCUGCCCUUACUUGGGGCAAGACAAUAAAGGCUCAGAUUUUUAAAGCAGUCUGAGAGAUUUAGGGAUUGCAAGUGAAUGUGACCUGGGCGCCUCAGUCCCUUGGGUUUAUUUAAGCAUCCCACCCUAAAUUUUACUGACUUGUAAGUGAAGAGUAAAACUGCCUUUUUGAAAUGUUUCUUGUAUAAUCCAGAGAAGGAAGGCUUGGGGUUUGACUCUACUUGCAACUGGAAAUAAGUUUUUUAAGAGCCAGAUCCUCAUCUGGUGUAAAUCGGUAUAGCUCAACUGAAGUCAGUGGAGCGAUGUUGAUUUUUACCAGCUGACGAUCUGGUCCUAAGUCCCUCGUCAUCGUAGCAAAGAAAAGGGCAAUCUAAAAGCACAGCUUGUGUGGCAAGAGCUGCAGAAGCUGUCUCAAUGUGGACAUGUUCCUGUUUUGUUGGGGGUGCUUUUGGGUAGACAUCUUAGGAAACUAACUUGAUUAAAUUUAACUGUAAUUCUUACCUUUCCAUUACUUUCUCCAGUGGUACAGCCUCGAUAUUGGGUUUUUUUAAGUUGAAUGAGAUACAAAACCAUGAUGUAUAGCUUUUCUGUUGGAAUUAGUGCAGGAUCUGAAAGUACUUCGUGUUCAAAAAGCAUAGAAAGAUACAAAGCAGCUGCAGUUUUUCACUCCAUGUGAUGAAAGUUUGUAGUGGCUACCAAAGCAUCUGCCUUAUAUGGGGUUUUUCCCUGUGCAUCAGUGGGGAGAACAUCCAGCUCUCCUUAGCUGUAGCAUCUUUCCCCUAGCAUUACUGGCUGCAUGACAUUUACCCUGAUAGCGCAGCCGCAUGUCUAUUAAACUAGAUCCAAGCCCCAAUCCUGGUCUCACUGAAGUCAGUGAGUUUUUAAAAUGUUCCUCCUUCUUGUCAGGAAUGAUUGGCAUAAAAAACUUGGGCAAGGAUGCUCCUUCAAGUCAUUCAGAUUCUAUUAUGGCAAGCUCGGUAUAAAUUUGUGAGAGGAGCCAUUUUAACUCAGCAGGCAGAAUUCCUGAUCUUCCCUUCUGCCCGGCUAUAGAUGUGAGGGGAAAACGUGCAGCUGCUUUCAAUAGAACAUGGUCUUAAUGGUGCACGAAAGUUUCUGUAAUUAAAAAUAAAGACUUCCUGUAAACCUGACAUCUUUGUGCUCUUUUCCUUUGUACAUAGUCUUGAAGUCUCUCACUGGCUUUCAUGUGUGGGUGAUCCAUCCAUUAUACACUCUUCUGCUGCAAGUCCUCAUUAUCAUCUGAAUUUAGAUAAAAGUCAAACCAUCCCAUAAACCCCUAAAGGCUGAACGUGUUAUACAGGUGGCUUGAAC